AUGCUGCCUUACAGCCGUAUCCGCGGGAACAGGGAGGUCCCGGAGAGCGUCCACGUGCGGCUGCCCGACACGCUGCCGCCGCAUCUACCUCCGACCGCGUCUCGCAGGCGCCUCGGCAAGCCAAAAUCCACCCUCCUCUCCGUCGCCUGUGGGACACUCUUCGUGGUGGCGGUGGUCACCGUGUACGUCUUAACUUCCUUCUCCAACUCUAUGGGGGCGCUCAGGGUCGACAAGGCGGAGGCGGAAAAGGGUUCUCCAGUUCCCACCGUGGCCUUGACUCCUCAACCAGCCACCGGCACGUCCGUGGAACCCCCAGCGACGACAAGGACGCAAAUUCCUACUCCCGUGUCCCCGCACCGGUACGUAAAUGUGUUUGACCGACAGGACACCCGCACCGCACGUCCCGAGCCGGUGUUUGACGAUGUGAUGAGCCAGUUCGAAAGUGGCGAGUACGCGCCGGAGGAGCCGGCUCGCUUGCCUGGGCUUACCAUUAACCGGCGCACCUACACCCCACAGGAGCUCUUACAGCUCUACGGCAACACCGACUACAUCUACAGCUUUGUGAACGGCAGCGAGAUGAACCAUCACUUCCGCAAACGCACGCUGGGGGACUGCAUCGGACAGUUCAGAGAACUGGAGAACGCUGUGUACGCCCACGGCGGAGAACUCUCGUCGGGGGUGCAGCUGCAGCACAAGAGUACCGCACCGGCCUGCCACGCGUCGUAUUUGAAAAAGAUGACGGAGACGGCGACAAUAGCGGACCUCUUUAAGAUCUUGCCCAACCACAUCCGCCCCGGCAUUGGUGACCGCGAGACCGACGAGCUGCGGCACAGCAUUCGCAGUCUGGAGCAGCACGUCCAGUGGCACCGCGGGCGUGUGGUGAUUGUGUCGCCCGGGCACCACCCGGACGUGGGUGGACGGCGCGAGGAACUUCCUUGCCGGUGUGUGCGGUGCGCGUCCGUGCAGGCGCUGCGCUCGCGUACGACGGUGCACCAGGACGCGGUGAUGCCGUACGGGAUGCGGCUGACGGUCGACUCGCACGUGAUUGAGCAGCACAUCUGGCGUGUGCGGAACACGACCGCCGUGCACGUGUACAUGAACGACGACUACUUCGUGAACCGCGACGUGGCCAUCACGGACCUGUUCAACCAGUACGGCGGCACCAUUGUGCGGGUAGAGAAAGGCAUCCUGCGUAAUGGCCAACUCGGUCCCGAACAGGGCGGCACAUGGGGCGAGGGCGUGCGUCACACACAGCUCUUCAACAUUAUGGAGCUGGACCUGCGCCACGACGAUUACCUUCCCGAGGAUCUGCUGAGCAGGUGGACUGCCGAGCGAGCGGAGAAUCACGUAGACUUGUCGGUGCCGCUUCUACCCGUCGCUUUAAACGACAUCGUCGAUGUGGCGCACGGCUACACGGCGGCGGAGAAUUGGCCACGCUCAGUGCCUCCGCGCCGCUACCGCCGCUACGCCACCCACGCCCCCUUUGUGUACUGCACGAACAUGUUCCGCUUCAUGCAGACGCGCUACGCGCGUGAGUUUGCGCACAACGCCUACCUGCACCGUACUCGCCAAGCACGAGACUUGUACGUGCCGUUUGUGUACAACGCCUUCGUCAUGGCGCGGCCGUGGGUCGCCUCGCCGAAAUUCCUGCCCUACCUGAUGCAGCUGCACCGCAGUCGAGGCCGCACACCCACCGAGGCGCCGCCGUCGGUGGAAAUUGCGUUGGACAACUUUGACAGCUGUGGGCAGUCAACGCUGCGUGGCGGACGCCUGGCUUCGCAGUGCCUGUAUGGCAAAUUCCAAGACAACCUGACGUUGAAUGUGCAGUUGACGGAACGCAUUCGUGUGGAGGACCCGCUGUACUUCAACAUCAACGCCGGCUUCAACUCGGAGGAGGCGUCCAAUCAGCUGCGGAAGUUUCUGCACGAUAAGUUCCCCACCCCGGUGUAUUUGGAGCAGGCACCCGCCACGACUGCGGCAGACCCGGAGGCAGCCGCCGCUGACGGGGACGGGGAGAAGGACGCAACGGCGGCGGCGGCAGCGGCGGCCAACGUGGUGGCGGAUGCGGUGCUGCCACCGCUGUUUGAUGCGCUGAUGGCGCUGCCGGUGGUGGGUGUUGUGUCGUACGAGGAGGGCGUGUGCCCGCUGGUGCGCAGUCUGUCGCUCGCCUUCGCCGGCCACCACCGCGGUCGCGUGCACGUUGCUGUGCAGCGCUACGGAGAUGGCGAGGCCGACGAGACGCUGCGCGAGGCCCGCACGCGGCUGAGGAACCGUGUGAUCAGCGCGACGCCGGUGCUGAAGUGCGCGUACGGCUCAGCGGUGAAGGUGGCGUCCUCCGCCCGUGGAGAGGGCGUUGCGGACGUGGCGAGGCGCGUGCUGCAGGCGAGCGACGGAGCCGGCGUGGUGCUGCCGUCGACGUGCGGUGCCGGGGACGGUGGCGCUGCGGGGCUGCGCGUGCGUGGGUUUGUGAUGGAUGCCCGCACGCCGCACGCGCCUGUGACGAGCACCGCUGCGCUGCGUGCUGCACUGUCGAUGCCCGGGCAGACGCUUGCGUUGGAGGACUUCCGUGCGGUGCGUGUGGGACCGGAUGACCGUGACGUUGUGCUCGUGCUGGCCCGCGAGGACGCCGCGGCGAAGGCGGUGCACUGGAUCGACGGCGCAUCGGAGAAUGAUCUGCUCGUCACUUAUCCCUUGCCCGUAGAGCAGUACGAGAAUCUAGGCGCUCAGCUGCAGUGGUCGCAGCCGUAA